AUGAAGUGGCGCUCUCUUGCUGCUCUGGCAGCACUCCUGUCAGCGCAUGAUGCCGCAUAUGCGCAACAGAUGUUGCGAUUCUCGUGCUCGAAACUAACUAUCGAGCGUUUGGACCCGUUGGUCUCGCCAGGUAUGGAACAGUCACCGCAUAUGCAUCAGGUCGGCGGCGGAAACUCGUUUCGAGCGUCUAUGCCACCCGUGGAUUUCGAUCCCGUGAAAGAGUCGACCUGUACUUCGUGUACCUUUGCCGAGGACUUUUCGAACUACUGGACUGCCAACUUGUUCUUCAGGGCCCGUAAUGGGACCCUGAAACGCGUACCACAACUGGUAAAUAUGGGCUUGAAAGCUGAUGGGGGUUUAACUGUGUAUUAUAUCCCGCCGUAUGAUGGCAAGACUAAUGUUACUGCAUUCAAACCGGGGUUCCGUAUGCUAGUUGGGGACCCGAUGUUACGACAAGCCGAAGGCCAGCAGCGACAGAUUUGCCACCGGUGCUUCAGCACGAUUAACCAGGUGCCGUUUGGCGGCGCGCCUUGCACGGGCGACGAUACAGCAUCCCUCCCCCCUGGGAUGUGUAACGGUGGUAUUCGCACAACGAUUACCUUUCCUACAUGCUGGGACGGCGUCAAUGUUGACUCGCCUGACCACAAGAGUCACGUUGCAUACCCCGAGACAGGGUCUUUCGAGAGUGGCGGCCCUUGUCCGGCCAGUCACCCCGUAAAGCUCCCACAGUUGAUGUAUGAAGUUAUAUGGGACACGCGACCCUUCAAUGACCCGGAUUUGUGGCCCGAGGAUGGGUCUCAGCCCCUGGUAUAUAGUAUGGGAGAUGGUUCCGGUUACGGCCAACACGGCGACUACCUCUUCGGCUGGAAGGAUGAUGCUCUCCAGAGAGCAUUGGAUGCUCGUUGUAGCAACGAUCGUUGCGCACAGCUUAAAUCGCAGACUUCCGAUGACGCGAUGCAGUGCACACUUAACCAGACCGUCCCAGAGAAGUACGAUGGAUGGCUCGACCAACUCCCUGGUAAUUGGACUAUCACUUACAGCUAA